AUGCUGGUUUCACUUAUGAGCGUGCUCAUCAUUGCCGCCAGCAUUGCGUCCGUGCGAACAGGCGCAAUGUUGAGCCGCGGGUGCCGUGCUUUGACGUUUGCGGCACCGGCGAGCAGGCGCGUCAAGCCUAAUCUCGUAGCGGCCCGGCGAGGCAUCUCGUGUGCGCGCGCGAGGGUUAGUGACAGCGCUCCCGCCGACAUGCACUCGUACGACCAGCUUCCACGCCAUCCCGCUACUCCCGAUGAUUGCAUCGCGUCAUUCGACACCAUCAAGAACGAUGAGGUUGUGCUGCAGCCGCCGCCUACGGAAAAAAGCGGCGCUAAAAAUGUCGCCGUGGACUUUGGGAUGCUGCGCCGCUAUUCGGAGGAGUUGAAUGCGGUGUUGGCCAACGCCACCUUUAACGGGGUCACGCAUAUCCCAUUGAAGAAGUGGUAUGUGGAGGCCAAGCCGCUGGAAGCGGCCCUGUUGCAUUUCAGGGGGUUCGAACGUGGCGAUUCGCUUUGCCUGUUUUACCAACGGGCAGGCUUUCCGCUGGUACCCAGUCCUUCGGCGAGCUACAUCCCGGCAACAGAGCGGCAGCUGUCGUACUUUGAGACGGUCAUGUCCGGGCUGUCCGGGUUGCGCGUUACCAAGGUACACUGCCCGUACUUCUUUAAAAGCAUUCUGGCUAUCGACCUCAAGCCCGCCUACCAGCACCUUGGUGACGACGGAGGGGAUGGUCCCGCCGAGAGUUACCGGAUCAUGUUCGUUGCCCGCCGCGCCGGCAACCGUUUCGUAAUGACCGACAACAAGGAUGGCAUCAUCCUGCUGACGUCGGAGACCUUCGACGAAAAAAGCGGUAUAAAGGACGGCGUGGGCUCAGUAUUCCAGGCGGAGCCUUCGCACAAGGCAACGCCGGACCCCUCCGAAUCUUACGACGACUUCGCCUCUCGCUUCAUGGGCAAGCAGCACAUGAGCCUGCUGAAGGCCAUGAUCCUGACGUACGAGGGUCUCGACGCGAGGCGUGUGACACUUUUGGCAGCGAAGGCCGGUGUUGAUUGCACCAGGCACGUGUCCAAAAUCGACAACCUGGCCGAUUUUCACAACACUUUCAUCAGAUGGGUACGCUCAUCCGACGAGUCUCAUUCCCAGCUGCAUUUUGUGGCCGGAGAUGGCAACAGCGACAACGAUGGAUCUGUGGAUCAAGGUGACAGUGAUGUUGACACCAGUAGAGAGGGGCUUGGGGAACCUAACCAAACUGAAGAUGCGACUGCUACCAACUCCAACGCUGACCCAGUCGACGAACCAUCCUCGCCUGCUGGGAACAGUGUCGGUAGUAGUGGUCCCAAAACGAUUAUAGAUUACGUUUUCCACCACUGGGGAUCGAACGGCCCCGUUUACGCUCAUCAGCGUCUAGCGGAGGAAUCGCGCUCCCUGAUAGACAGCACGCUAGAACGGCUAGAGAAGAUUCGCCAGCAGUGCAUUGGCGACGAGCAGCAGGUGGAGCGUCUGGCAAAGGUCACCGAACGCAUCAACACCAUCAACGAAUACAGCAAAUCGCUGUGUACGGCAAUGAAGUGGAAGUCGCCGGAGCAGUUCGAUUUGGUGAGAACCAUCUACGACCAGGUGUUUGACCUGGGCGACCUGACCGGGUACCGCAGCAAGGGCCGAGCUGUGCGCGGUGGUUCUAACCGUGACAACACUGGCGGCGCUGACAACGAUGACGAGGAGGCUGAGCGGAAUGUGCCCCGCGCCAGGGUGAAAAAGGUCAACCCUUACAAGGGCAUCCUGGUGAUCAAGACCUGCGUUCAGGACCCCAACACCCCCCUCAUAAUCGUCGGCCGUAACGCAGAGCAGAACGAACGUGUGACACACGAGCUCUCGCUGCCAGGUGACAUCUGGUUACACACCAAGGAUUGUCCGGGGUCACACGUGUUGUUGCGUCGACACGGCGGCUCCGCCGAGGCGCUGCAGGUGGCGGCUGACAUCGCCUCGCACUAUUCCAAAGCCAAGUUUCGCGCCGUGGUCGACGUCAUCAAGACUGGCAUCGAGAACGUCACCCGUUGCCCCGGCGCGAAGAUCGGCGCCGUGUUGGUGAGCAACUUCGUGACUAUUACGGGGCACCCGGCAAGAGGCGGGGAGUACGUGAAGGCCCACCGCGUAUCGCUAAAUUAG